AUCGGGUCGGCUCUAAAGCGCGGCAUCAGCGGCGGCCAGGCCAAGCGAACCAACGUGGGGAUAGCGCUCAUCACCAACCCGCUGGUGCUAUUCCUUGACGAGCCCACUAGCGGUCUGGAUUCGUUCACGGCUCGUGAGGUGAUGGAGGUAGUGCGCUCCUUGGCGACUGACGGCACCACCAUAUGCGCCACCAUCCACUCGCCAUCCUCGGCCUGCUUCAGCCUAUUCGAUCGGGUCAUGGUGUUGGCUAGCGGGUGGACGGUGUACUUCGGAGAGCCCGGUGAGAGGCUGGGG